CAACCCUUCUGUCCUGCUCAGAAGUUUCUCAAAAGGGCGGCGCUCUUCUCGCGAGCGCAGUUAAAGAGCGCGCUCCCGACCGGAGCGGAACGAGCGCAAUGCCGAGCGCGUCUUCCUCCUCACGCCACGGGAACUUAACGGGACCGCGUCCGACGCGAAGAACAAGACGUUAACGCCUGAAGAGCGCUUGUGGGCAGUGCGUGCACGCGUGUGUGUCGUGGUGUGUGUGUGUGUGUGUGUGGGCGCCGCGUUGGGUCGGUGGGAAACGCGCGGACACCAUGGCCGCUGGGCGCAGCUCGGUGAGCGCGCUCAUGCAGCAGCCCGAGGCGCCGAGCUCCAGCGACUCCCCGCCGCCGCACGGCUCCGAGGACGAGGAGCAACACGGCGGAGCGGCGGCGCCCCACGACCCCGAGUGGACCGAAGAGAGGUUCCGUGUUGACCGCAAGAAGCUCGAGCUCAUGCUUUUAGCUGCCGCUGAGGGGAGGGUGAAUGGAGGCGAGGAUUUCUUUCAGAAGGUCAUGGAGGAGACCAAUACUCAGAUUGCAUGGCCUUCAAAGUUGAAAAUUGGUGCCAAGUCUAAGAAGGAUCCACAUAUCAAAGUAAGUGGGAAAAGGGACGACGUGAAAGAAGCUAAGGAGAAGAUCAUGUCUGUCCUCGAUACGAAGAGCAAUCGCGUGACUCUGAAAAUGGACGUUUCACACACCGAGCACUCACACGUCAUCGGCAAGGGAGGUAACAACAUCAAGAAGGUGAUGGAGGAUACGGGCUGCCACAUCCACUUCCCUGACUCCAACCGCAACAACCAAGCGGAGAAGAGCAACCAGGUGUCUAUUGCAGGCCAGCCGGGAGGAGUGGAGGCAGCCCGGGCCAGAAUCAGGGAGCUGCUGCCUUUGGUGUUAAUGUUCGAGCUGCCAGUCAUAGUACAGCUGAACCCUGACCCCAGCUCUCCAGCCAUCCAGCACAUCUCUCAGACAUACAACAUCUCUGUGGCCUUCAAGCAGCGUUCAAGGCUCUACGGUGCUACGGGGGUUGUGAGGGGCUCUCAGAACAACAUUGCAGCUGUGAAGAGGGGAACGGCCAUGUUGCUGGAGCACUUAGCCGGGAGCCUGGCAAGCGCCAUUACCGUGAGCACGCAGCUGGACAUCGCACCUCAGCACCACCUUGCCAUGAUGGGCCGCAACGGCAGCAACAUCAAGCACAUCAUGCAGAGAACCGGCGCGCAAGUGCACUUCCCCGAUCCAAACUGCCCGCAAAAAAAAUCAACCGUCUAUAUCCAGGGCACCAUUGACUCUGUAUGCCUCGCACGGCAGUACCUCAUGGGCUGCCUCCCACUGGUCCUGAUGUUUGAUAUCAAAGAAGACGUUGCAGUAGAUCCACAGUGUGUCACAUCUCUCAUGGAACAACUGGAUGUGUUCAUCAGUGUCAAACCCAAACCUAAACAGCCUAGCAAGUCAGUGAUAGUGAAGAGUGUAGAGAGGAACGCUCUGAACAUGUAUGAAGCCCGGCGCUAUCUGCUUGGCCUGGACAGCAGUGGAGUGUGUGUGUCCAUCUCCACCUCCUCCAGCAGUAGCAGCAGCAGCAGCCCUCCGUCCGCUUUGACCCCUACUCUCAGCUGCCCUGUGGGCAUCGACAUCCUCACCUCUGCCGGCUUGGGUCUCACCAGCCUGGGUCUGCUUGGUCCUACAGCUGCUUCUCUAAGUGCCCCGUCCACCCCCAACUCUCUCCUUAACGCCCUCAACAGCUCUAUCAGUCCCCUGCAUGUCCCCUCCUCUGGAACACCUAGUCCUACACUUUGGUCCAACUCGCUGGCCAGUCCAACUAGCACACCAGGCUCCACCCCCCAAAGUUUGAAGCUGGAAAUAUACUGGAAUUCUGAAGGUUUUUCAUCGCCCCUGAUGAUCCAUCCAGCCACUCAGGCCACACUGACCAACAUCCUGCUCCAGAGUUACACGCAGAAUACACCAUCCCCUCCACCUGGCCUUGCCCCAAUAGACCCACAGGUCAAUGGAGUCACAGACUGCAGCAAGGCCGUUUCCUCCCUCAACGGCAAGCACUCCAGCUCUAUGUACAGCAGAAUGGCCACUUCCUCACUGGCUGACAAAGUUCUGAAUGCGGCACAUGGAGAUCCUGCCCAGGACGCCAGCACACACUGUCCCUCUGAACCACUGUCCAGCAAGUCCAGUCAGGAUCAAGGAUCUGAUACUUUCGUGGAGGUGGGCAUGCCGCGGAGCCCCUCACACUCGGGCAGCAGCAGUGAACUAAAGCAGAUGCUGGCCUCCUGUAAAACAGCCUCAGGCAAGAGGCAGGCUGUGGAGUUACUGCAGGGCACAAAGAACUCUCAUUUACAUUCUGACUGUUUGCUUUCCGACUCGGACUCCAGUGCUUCCGAGAGUCCCGUGGCAGAUAAACGGGCUCCAGGCAGUGAGAGAGCAGCCGAACGAGCCGCUCAGCAGAACUCAGAACGCAUCCGUCUCCCGCCGCAGUCCUCCUUCUCCAACAUGCAGGCCUUUGAUUAUGAGCAGAAGAAGUUGCUGGCAACCAAAGCCAUGCUGAAGAAGCCGGUAGUGACAGAGGUGCGAACGCCAACAAACACGUGGAGCGGCCUGGGUUUCUCCAAGUCCAUGCCUGCGGAAACCAUCAAGGAGCUUCGUAGGGCCAACCAUGUGUCCUACAAGCCUACAAUGUCCACUACUUACGAGCAGGGAUCUCCGCUAUCGCUGUCACGCUCCAACAGCAGAGAAGGAGUGGGAAGUGGCAGCGACUCGGACAACUGGAGGGAGAGGAACGGGAGCGGGCUCCCGUCACACAGCGAUUUCCCAACACCUAUCAGUCCCAAGAGGAAGCAGAACAAGUCAGUGGAACACUAUUUGAGCAGCAGCAACUACAUGGACUGCAUCUCCUCAGUGACCGGGAGUAACGGCUGUAACCUCAGCACCUCUGUAAAAGGCUCUGACCUGCCAGAGCUCUUCAGCAAGCUGGGCCUAGGGAAGUACACAGAUGUCUUUCAGCAACAGGAGAUUGACCUGCAGACGUUCCUCACUCUGACCGAUCAAGACCUGAAGGAACUGGGCAUCACCACAUUUGGAGCUCGCCGGAAAAUGCUGCUGGCCAUCUCAGAUCUGAACAAGAACCGAAGGAAACUCUUCGAGCCACCAAACAUCCGGUCUUCGUUCCUGGAGGGCGGCGCCAGCGGGCGUCUGCCACGCCAGUACCACGCCGACAUUGCCAGUGUGAGUGGGCGCUGGUGAGCCCUGGUCCAUCCGCCCUUAUGUUACUGAUGCACAGACAGCCUUAACUGCACAAAGCCAAUCCUGAUGCCUUAAUAAACAAUACUGGACCAAACCCUGGGAAUCAGUGCCAAAAAAAAAUCACACACACACACAUACACAAAGAAUGUCUUUGGAAAGGAGGUUGAGUUUGGAGGACUUGUGUAAAUGUUGAUUAUUAUGUACAAUAUGGUACUCUAUGCAGUAUAGUACUCAUGUGGAAAUGAAGGGAAUGCUGAAGGAUUCAUAAAGCUCCUGCACUGUUGUUGUAUAAGGAGCUAUCUGUGUACUUAGUUCAAUUUUUUAAUUUAUAUCCUUGUCUUAGACUUGUGUCAUACUAAUUCUUUGCACUUUAAGAGUACUAAAUACUUUGCCUGUGGGCUGAUUCCUCUCUAGUCUGCCCUACAAGAUGUGCAUGGAGCGUAUAUAGCACUUACAAGGUUUCGAUUAAGACACUACAGGUCCUCUUUUUAUUUUCAGCUUUUUAAUCAUGAUGCAUUGGAACUCCGAUUGUUUACUCCUCACUUUCAUUCAUACAAGAUACAUUUCAAAGAGAAGUUUUAGGCCUCUUUGAUUAGCUGACACACGAACAAAGACCCUGACUGCAGUCUCUCUGAUCAUCACCAGCAAACCACAGGCCAGAGGUGUGCAUCGGGACUAGGAUUGCAACCAAAAAAGAAAAGAUCUCGGACUCAGCAAGCCUCAAUUUAAGAUCUUACUACAUACAAAGAAAGUAUGUAGCUGUACCACGGCAUUGUCUCAGUUUGGAGGGGAUUUUAGUUCAUUGUGUCAUUCUUAUGUCAUGUUCCAGUAACAGCAAUGCAUUUAGCAAAAAGCGAUUAGCACUAGAUGGUGUAAUGCAUGAAAAAAAAAGACAGAAAUGACAAAUUUAUUUAUAUUUUAGAAAAUGUAACCGAGUUCCUCUGGAAAAUAUUGCAGAUGGAUAUAAAUAAAAAUAACUGUAGGUAGCAGGUGCUAUUGGUCAGACUUGGGCAGCAGUUCCAACAUCUAUGGUUUAGCCAUACCAUGUAUUGCUUUUUACCCCAUUUUAUCGCUAUGGCGAUACUGGAGUUGCCUGAAAACAAUGAUUCCAUACUCUUUUUCACAAAAAGCAGCAGUCAGACCAAACAUGAAUAAAAUUCUCCCAGUGGAAACACAAAUUCACUGAAGGGGAAAGGACGCAGGACAUGAUUUGCUCUUGGUAGUGGUUAUUUCUUUUCACGCUGGCUUUAUCUAGGUGAACUUUGACCUGUGAAUUUACAAAUCUCGGAUUUGUCAGCCAGUAGCUUCUUUGAUUGUGGUAACUUUGAUUGUUUAAAAAAAAUGGGAGAGCUGCUUAUUAUUAAGUAUCAGUCACACCAGCCCCCCACCCCACCCCACCCCACCCCACCCCCACAUUCUUCUCAUUGUUUCCUGGCACACAUCUGAAAGAAAUUAGCUGUUUUCUCUCUAACUCCCAGGAUUUUCUUGUUAGCAACCUUUACUUCCCUUCACACACCUCUACCAAGGCUGAAACACACACUCACACACUCAGUGUGAAUAUUUGAGCAAAUCCUGAGCAUUACUAAUGCAACGCUUAGUUUGCAAGGUUUUAACUACCUCUUCGUCUGCCUUUCACCACUUUCUUUAUGUUACACAACAUUAAAAUAAGACAUUUCGAGAGUUCAGUUGUGUGUUUUAUCAGAUUCAUGCAAAUUGUAGGUUCCUUAUGUGACAUUGCAGAAGCAAGGGUACGAGUUGCAUAAUCUGGUCAGCAUAGAUGCACGCAAAGCUGUGAAUGUUGCCAGUCGUUCUCUCACGGUUCAAUCCAUCAAGUGCCUUUUUCGAAGCUUUUCAAAAAGAAAAAAAACCCAUCUGUAGUAGUUCAUAACAUUACAGCGUUUUGACAUGGAUGUACAGUUGCUAAACCACUCAUGGAAUAAUCUCGCAGCGCAUUGCUUAAUCUUUACAUGUAUAGUAUUAUUGUAUUUGCAUUUAAUUGUUCCAUAUGUUGUGUAUGACCUUACAUGUGAGUAGAGGUACUGUUGAAAUACAUAUUGUGCAUAUUGCAGUUUUAUAGUCUUUUAUACUUUUGCCUACUAGUUUGUCAUGGUCAUUUCCAGACAGCAGCAGAUGAUUAAUUAGCAGUUGGGUAUGUAGUGUUUGACUUUAGGUUUUAUACCAAAUAUGGUAUGUACAAGUGGAAGAAAAAACUUCCUGUCAGUAUUAACUGCGAAAUCAAAUCGACCGACUAUGCAAAGAAAUCGCUUUGCCAUAUAAUGAAUGUUUUCUACUUAAAGCACCGCAGUCUUGUUCCAAUCAAGUUCACAGGCUGCCUGAUUUCAGUAUAUUGCUGCCUUGAUAUACCUGAUUAGUGCUUUAUAUGCAUCAAAUGCUAUUUUUGUAUUUGUGUGAUUUGUGAGCGACCAAACUGUAAUUGAUUUGUAGAUUUAUUUUUCGUUCACUCCCUGAGAGGAGACAAUAAGGGAACAGAAAAAUUUGUCUUAAUAUUUUGACAUGGCCUUGUGACCAGGGCCAGCACUUUUUUUUUUCUUUUCCUUUUUGUUUUUGAGGAUCUUGAGUCACAACCAAAUGAACAAAUGCUCCGUGAUAAUCAUGUACAGUGGUGUACAAGAUAACGGUAUUUGGAGCAUUCGUAUUGCUGAUAAGGGAAUAAACAAAAGCACUAAUUUGUAUUGCUCUGCCAAAUGUUUUAUCAUCCCUGUCAUACAUAUCUUUUAGAUGGAUACGAUGUAGUUGGCCAGUGCCUUGCAAAUGACUCUUUUGGAAUCUGUGAGUUUGACACAGAUAAAAUACUCCUUGGUACUGUUAUGAUAUAACGUUGUAUUAAUGCCAUGAACAUGUGGUACGAUUGAAUGUUCUUUACAUGUCGGAGGCCUUGUUACAAACGAAUAAAAUGUACGUAAACCUUUCA